UUGCGCAGCACUAAGCUGACGUCAUUCGGCCAGUAUUUCCAUAUGGAAAGCUACGGUAUUUUUUCAGAGACUCAAAACAUCCUAAGACACGUGUCACGACUGGACGCAGCUGCUGCUGUUGACUUGCUUGGCGCGAGCAUUAUUUGCAUGCGAGCAUCAGCCUCAGUUUUCAUAAAAGACUCUUCUUGGAAAUCGUAUUUUUGAAAGAGAAAUGGCUUCUUCGAAGAGAAGCGAUGACGGAAUGGAGAGCUUGGAGUUAUCGGAGGACCAGAUCAAAUCUCUAGAAGAAAAUUUUUUGAAAGGAAGCAAGCAUCCAGAUCAAGCUACACUUAUGCUGAUCGCCGCUGAAUGCGGACUGUCUGAAGAAGACACUGCUAAAUGGUUUCAGCUACGCAAUGCCAAGUGGAGACAGUCUGAAGGUCUGCCUGCAGAACUAGGAUCUGUGAAGGACUAAAUGCAGCAAUGAAUUUUAAACUAUUAAACAGUGAAUAUUAAAUUCUACCACUGCUCUAACCAGCUCUUUUAACUGCAGCUGAGAAAAGCUCAUGUAAAUUAUAUGCUGCUUGUUACUUUCUAUUUUUGUUUUUACAUCCUAGCUGUAUUCAUUUCCUUAAUGUGAAUUUUAUUUAAUUAUGUUUUUCUGGUAACAAUUAUGUCAUUAUAUGUAUAAGUAAUAUAAUUUAUAACAUAGUUCUAUUUGUUACAAAAGUCUUUAUAUAAAUGCAUUGAAGAGGUAUUUAAUUUAAAAGUGCUGUGUACUAUCCUUUCCAGUUAGCAAUCAGCAUAGUCUGUGAGUGCUUGUAGAGGUCUUGAGAACAAAAACUGCUCUUUCAUGACUCUAUAAAACAUGUAUAAAGCUUCUUAAAUUACCCUGAUUAAAGCAGACACUGUAAUUGCCUUCACCUAUUAACAGUGCCAGCUCUGUACGUUCACAGUCUGACAGACUGUGGAAAUGUGGGCUGUGUUUUUGGAAUAAAACGUAAUAUGCACAGCAUCUUCAUCUUGUAUAUUUUAUGACAUCAACUUUUUGAAUUUCUUAACAGUUGCUUUAUGACAUAAAAUGAACUUGUUAACUUGUUCUCUGUUGAAAAUGAUAUCACUGUUGUGCAUGUUUGGUAAAAGUGAUUAGAUUGGGGGGAUCCUUCACUUAUUAUUCAACCUGAGAAGAUCAGGAUUUUGCUGGUACAUUUACAGUAGAUAUACAUUGACAGAUUGUACAUCUUAAUAGCCCACAAUUAUUUUCUUAUUAUUCAAGCAUUUCUCCUUAAUGGCUUCACACAGUGAUAAUGCUGACAGUGCUUUUUCUUUAAAAAAAGAGGAAACCUCUGGGUCUCUGAAAGAGAUGACAAGUCUCCAUGAGGCUCUAAGUACAGUGCUUUAAAAAUGUAUUCAUACACCUGCACAUUUCAAACAAUAACGAUUGUAGUCAUUACACUUUGAAGUAGCACUUGUUUUAUACAGAACCUUCACCACGCAAAGCAAAACCAAAGAGGUAAUUUGAUUUUAAUGAAUAUGAAAGAAAAAGGUAUAAAUUAUUAUUGCACAAGCAUUCAAAUCCUUUUCUAGGGUGAACCUAAAUUAACAUAGGUGUACAAAAUUGCUUUAAUGAGCCACACAGGUUUGUGGUUUCUGUCUACAAUAUCCAUUUUCAAUAUACAUAUUUUCAAUAUUACAAUAUCCAAAUUCUCAUGAUUUAGGAAUAAAAAGACUCCCGGGGUUCUUGGAUCACAUAGUGAAUUACAAGCCCAUAGUCAACUAUGAAAACUAAUGAGUUUUCACAGCAAAUUAGGGAUAAUUUAAUUGAAAAGCACAGAUCAGGAGGAAGGGUAUAAAAACUAUCAAAGUCUCUGAUGAUCCCCGUGUGCAUUAAGAAAUGGAAGGUGCAUUGUGCCACCUGUCUAGGUCAGGCCGUAUCUCCAAACUUAGCAGCUGGUCACAGAGGAAAAUAGUGAUAAAUAGGGAUGCCACUAGAGGCCAGUGACAACUUUGAAAGAAUGGGAGAUGCAUCAGUAUGCAUCAGUCAUCAAUAUCCUGGUCACUCCACAAGCUGACCUUUAUGGAAGGGUGGCAAAUCCAUCUUGAAUCCCACAUAUAGUUUGCAACAAAUCAUCUAAGUGAUACUACAAACACAUGGAAAAAGAUUUUGUGGUCAAUGAGCAGAACCUUAUAUCUGAUGGAAAUAAAACACACCUUUUCACUUCAUCAAAACUAUCCCUACUAUGGGAUUCUUCUUCACAGCAGGGACUGGGAAAUUUGUUAGGAUUGAAGAAAGAAUGGAAGGUGCAAAGUACAGGCAAAUACUAAAGGAAAACCUGUUUUCGGUCUUCUAAAGACUAAUAACUGGUGCAGAAAUUAAUCUUUCAACACAUGGUCAAAGCUACACCAGAGCGGUUAAUAAGAAGGUGAAUAUCCUUGAGUGGCCCAGUUAAAGUCCUAAUGUGAAUACUAUUAAGGAUCUGUGGAAGGGCUGGAAAACUACUGUUCCUGUCCCCAAGCAACUUCAUAUAACUUAACUGCACAGAAGAACAAGCACAAAUGACACCAAGACAGUGUACAAAGUUGGUAGAGACUUGCCCAAAAAAACAGAGUGGUGGCUCUGUGGCUAAGGAUCUGCACCUAUGGCUGGAAGGUUUCUGGUUUAAUUCCUCUAGCCAGCAGAGGAAUCCUACUCCCUUGGGCCCCUGAGCAAGGCACUUAACUGCAACUGCUUGGGGGGUGCUGUAUAAUGGUGGACCCUGUGCUGUGACUCCAAGCUUCUUUCCCUGUCUGUGUGUCUCAGGGAGAGCAAGUUGGGGUACGUGAAAAGACAAAUUCCUAAUGUGUGAAACUGUAUAUGGCCAAAAAAGUUAAUUUAUUUUAUCUAAGGGUCUGAAUACUUCAAUCAACAUGUUGUGUACAAUCAUUUUGUAUUUUCACAGACGGACAAUAUACUGUAGGUGUGAAUACCUUGGAAAGGCAGUUGAUGUUCAAAAAGAUCAGAGUCACAAAAAAGAGAAAAGAGAAAUAAAUUUAUCACAUAUUUAACAUAAUAGAUUAAGAUUAAGAAGAUUAUAUAUUAAGAUUAAGGUUAUACAAAUUGUUUUUAUAUUGCUUUGUUUCAGGAUUCAGAUUGUUUCCUUUCUGCAUUUGUGCAUUUGUUUCUAGCACAGUAAUGUCAUGUAAUGACGUAAUCUGCAAUGUGGUGGGCAAAACUGGAAUAAAAUGUUUUAAUCAGA